CGCUGACCGGUCAUAAAGACCCGAUGGCGUUCUCGUUCCUCGGCCUCCCCGCGCCCGUACGCACCUACGCCAAGCCGGCCGAGCCGGCGCCGACGGCCGCGCCAGCCGCGAGCACCGUCGUGGCCAAGGCUCCGCGCCGAAGUGUCCCGGCGUACCCGCACCGCGCCAAGUUCGUCCCGCGGGCGGCCGAGGACUAUGGCGACGGCGGCGCGUACCCGGAGAUCCACGUCUCGCAGUUCCCGAUGGGCGUUGGCAGCAAGGACAAGAUCAGCGACACGAACGUGCUGGCGCUGCAGGUCAACGAGAGCGGCCGCGCGCAGUACGAUGCGAUCGUCAAGAAGAAGAACCAGAUCGUGUACAGCAGCUUCGCCGACGUGGUCGAGAAGGUGCCCGAGGCCGAGGCGCUCGAGAAGCCGUCGGUGGAAGAAGAGAUGGAAGCCGCGGCCAAGACCAAGGCAGCGCUCGAUGCGCUCGUGUCGGGCAAGGUCGCUGCCGCCCACCCGAUCAACGCCACGCGGCAGUUGUCGGUCAAGGAGAACUCGAGCUACAUCCGGUAUACGCCCCAUGACCAAGGCAAUGGCGACAAGCCGCCCGAGCAGCGUAUUAUCCGCAUGGUUGAAGCGCCCGUGGACCCGAUGCAACCGCCGAAAUACAAGCACAAGAAAGCGGUGCGUGGCCCUGGGUCGCCGCCCGUGCCUGUGCUGCACUCGCCGCCGCGCAAGCUGACGGUCCAGGACCAGCAGGCGUGGAAGAUCCCGCCGUGCAUCUCCAACUGGAAGAACGCCAAGGGCUACACGAUUGCCCUCGACAAGCGUCUUGCUGCCGACGGCCGUGGCCUCCAAAAGGUCACUGUCAACGACCAGUUUGCAUCCUUUGCUGAAGCCCUCGCGAUUGCCGAGCGCAAGGCGCGCGAAGAAGUCAACAUGCGAGCGAACGUUCAGAAGCGCCUCGAUGCCAAGCAGAAGGAGCUCAAGGAACAGGAGCUGCGCGACUUGGCCGCCAAGGCUCGCAUGGAGCGGUCGGGUGGCCGCGACGACCGCCGCCACAGUGACGACGACGACGACGAUGAUGAUCCGCGCGCGCGUCGCGAACGUGACAAGCUCCGCCACGAACGCAUGCGCGAACGUGAGCGCGAAAUGCGCCUCGAGAACCUCAUGGGCAAGAAGGGCAAGCUCGCGCGCGACGAAGACCGCGACGUCUCGGAGAAGAUCGCGCUUGGCCAGCUCCAGGGCGGCAAGGGCGCGAGCGGCGCGCAGUUUGAUUCGCGUCUCUUCAACCAGACGCAGGGCAUGGACUCUGGCUUUGGCAACGACGACGAGUACAACGUGUACAGCAAGCCGAUGAUGGACCGCGGCAAGGCGAGCGUGUACCGGCCCAAGGCCGACGCCGAGGGUAUUGACGGCGACAAGGACUACGCCGACCUCAAGAGCUCGAGCACCAAGCGCUUCCGCGCCGACAAGGAGUUUGCAGGCACCAACCACGCGCAGGCGCGCAGCGGACCCGUCCAGUUCACCUACGACGACGCGCGGGAUCGGAAGCGCAGUCGGUCCCGCUCCGACUCGCGCGAUCGUCGCCGCCGGUCGCGGUCUGACUCGCGGGACCGUCGUCGGAGCCGCAGCCGGGAGCCCAAGCGGCGGCGCCACAGCGACGACGACGAAGAGUCCAAGGACCCAUUUGACGUCGACCGGUUCCUCUCGGACGCUCGCCGUCGAUAAGCGUCCUGUAUAAUCGCAUGCAC